AUGACAACAAUUUAUUUCAAUCCCAAUACCAAGAUUAUAUUAAAUCCUAGAAGUAAUGUGACUAUCGCUGGUGGAGCCCAAGUUGUUCUUCCUCUUCCACCAAAGUUUGAAGGACCUUCAAAGAUUGUUACCCUGUCUGAUGGAACGACCAUCGUCCGAGACUUGAACGAGAUCAGAGUAAAUGGUCCAAAAGGGAAAACUGGUUAUGUGAACUCUCUCCCUGCAUACACUGUUGGAUGUCAUGGACGAACUCAAUAUCGUUCCCCUGAAGGCUCAUAUGAAUGGCUUCCAGAUGGAACCACCACCACCCCUUCAACCAAUAAUAACAACAAUGAUUUUUUAAAGAAACCAAUACAACAACGACAACAACGAAAAGAAUCAACAAUUAAACAACCAACAGAUAAUUAUAGUCUUUUAAGAAGACCUCAACAACAACAAGAGGAGGAUGUAGAACAAAAAGAGGAAGAUUAUGUUGGUGAAGAAAGUGGUGAACUUGAUUAUACAGAAUCUACUCCACAGCCAGAAGAAGUCUCUAUUCCAAAACCAACAACCGAAUUUGAAGAAUUUCCUCGAUUGGGAAAUAAAUCGAUUAAACAUAAAGGAUUGACUGUUAAACUAGGAUACGAUUUAUCAUUUUUUGGUAAUGAUCCCGUUUACAAUGAACGUACUUUGGAGCUUGAUAAUGGUAUUUUAAAGUGGAACAGUGGUUCAAAAGGACAGGUAGCCCUUGGUUCUUGGUGCUUUGCCAAAAGAGCUGAACCACAGACCUACAAGUUAAACGUUGCUCAUCCUGGUUCAUAUCGGAAAUUUUGUCGCAACAAUGAACACCAUAUCGCUGAAAGAGCUGACAAGAGAGUAAACAAAACUUAUGGAAUCCAAUUGCAUGUCGAUCCAAACAAUUGUCAGCCAGGAGACACCAAUCUAUGUUGUGAGAAGAAAGAGAUUGCAUACUACUUUUUCUUUUGCAAUGCUCAUCAAAGAGAUACAUGGCUCGAAAAGAUCAAUAGUUUACUUCCACCAAUCCACCCAGAACAAAGAUUUGAACAUCCUGCCAUCAUUGCACAGAAAGCUAGACUUGCUGAAGCUAGAGCGUUCCAAGAUGAAAAGCGAAAAGAAAGACUCCAAAAGAUGUCCAAUGCAAUGGCACACCCUCAUCUCUUGGCGAGAAUCAUUGCAGACUCCAAACUCCAAAAAGAUUCUCUCCUUAGAGCAGCUUAUAUAUCCUCAGCUACAAAGCUAUCGAAUGCAUUAAAAGUUGCUGAAUGCCAAGUUAUGAAUCUAAUCGAUUUUGAUAGAUUACUUGAUACUUUGUAUGAAGGUGCAAUCAUUCCACCAAUCAAUAAUAAUAAUAAUACUAGUGAACAAACAACUUUGAUUUAA